CUCACUCACUAUUAAGUUCUCAUACACAUAAACCCUCUUCUCUCUCACUUUUAUCUCUUCCCUCAACCCCAAAUUCACUUCUCUCUGUCCCUCAAAUUUCUAGGGUUAGGGUUUAUCUCUUUCAAUUUCCUCUCAAUUCUUCAAUGGCGUCUUCAACCUCUGCCCAAAUCCAUGGCCUCGGAAUCAGCCCUCGUGGGUAUUCCGGCAAGCUCAAUUUGGCUUCUUCCAAAGCGUUCUUCUUCGGACAGAAGCUUCACAAAACGACGGCGUUUUACCCGAAGCUGAGAGCGAAGAGGGUGGGACCCUUGAGAGUGGUGAACGAGAAAGUGGUUGGGAUCGAUUUGGGGACGACGAAUUCGGCGGUGGCGGCGAUGGAAGGUGGGAAGCCGACGAUAGUGACGAACGCCGAGGGGCAGAGAACGACGCCGUCUGUGGUGGCGUAUGCGAAAAAUGGUGAUAUGUUGGUGGGUCAGAUUGCGAAACGACAGGCCGUUGUGAACCCGGAGAACACGUUCUUUUCGGUGAAGAGGUUUAUCGGGAGGAAGAUGACGGAGGUGGAUGAGGAGAGCAAGCAGGUUUCGUAUAGAGUUGUGAGAGAUGAGAAUGGAAAUGUGAAGUUGGAUUGUCCGGCGAUUGGGAGGCAGUUUGCGGCUGAGGAGAUUUCUGCUCAGGUUUUGAGAAAGCUUACGGACGAUGCUUCAAAGUUUUUGAAUGACAAAGUUACAAAAGCUGUUGUUACUGUGCCUGCUUACUUCAAUGAUUCCCAAAGGACAGCAACAAAGGAUGCUGGUAGAAUUGCUGGUUUAGAAGUUCUUCGAAUCAUUAAUGAACCUACUGCUGCAUCUUUAGCAUAUGGGUUUGAAAAGAAGAACAACGAGACCAUCUUGGUAUUUGACCUUGGUGGUGGUACUUUUGAUGUGUCAGUGCUUGAGGUUGGUGACGGAGUUUUUGAGGUUCUUUCUACUUCUGGAGAUACUCAUUUGGGUGGUGAUGACUUUGACAAGAGAAUUGUUGAUUGGCUUGCUGCAAGCUUCAAGAGAGAUGAAGGAAUUGAUCUGUUGAAGGACAAACAAGCUCUUCAGCGAUUAACAGAGACAGCUGAGAAAGCUAAAAUGGAGCUUUCAACUCUAACCCAGACAAGCAUUAGUUUGCCUUUCAUUACUGCUACUGCAGAUGGCCCCAAGCACAUUGAGACCACCAUCACUAGGGCCAAGUUUGAAGAAUUGUGUUCUGACCUUCUGGACAGGCUUAAAACACCAGUUGAAAAUUCCUUGAGGGAUGCAAAACUUUCCUUCAAAGAUAUAGAUGAGGUAAUCCUUGUUGGGGGAUCAACACGUAUCCCGGCUGUUCAGGAUCUUGUGAAGAAGUUGACUGGAAAGGACCCCAAUGUGACAGUUAAUCCUGAUGAAGUUGUUGCCCUUGGGGCUGCAGUUCAGGCUGGUGUUUUGUCUGGGGAUGUCAGUGAUAUCGUGCUUUUGGAUGUUUCACCAUUGUCACUAGGUCUUGAAACCCUAGGUGGUGUAAUGACAAAGAUCAUCCCAAGAAAUACUACUUUGCCAACCUCCAAGUCAGAGGUGUUCUCCACAGCCGCAGAUGGGCAGACUAGUGUUGAGAUUAAUGUUCUCCAAGGAGAGAGAGAAUUCGUUAGGGACAACAAAUCUCUUGGCAGCUUCCGUUUGGAUGGUAUCCCACCUGCACCUCGUGGGGUUCCUCAAAUUGAAGUGAAGUUUGACAUUGAUGCGAAUGGUAUUCUUUCGGUCACUGCGGCUGACAAGGGCACAGGGAAGAAGCAAGACAUUACCAUUACCGGUGCUAGCACAUUGCCCAGUGAUGAGGUGCAAAGGAUGGUUAAUGAAGCAGAGAAGUUUGCAAAGGAUGACAAGGAGAAGAGAGAUGCCAUUGACACAAAGAACCAAGCUGAUUCUGUUGUCUACCAGACAGAGAAACAGCUCAAGGAACUGGGAGACAAGGUUCCUGCCCCAGUGAAAGAGAAGGUGGAGGCCAAGCUUGGCGAGCUCAAGGAAGCAAUUUCAGGGGGUUCGACACAAGCCAUCAAGGAUGCCAUUGCUGCCCUCAAUCAAGAAGUCAUGCAACUAGGUCAGUCCCUUUACAACCAACCAGGUGCUCCUGGUGCUGGGCCUGGUGCUGGUGCUGGGCCUGGACCUGCACCUAGCGGUGAAUCCGGGUCUUCGGAAUCAUCAGGCAAGGGGCCUGAAGGAGAUGUUAUAGAUGCAGAUUUCACCGAUAGCAAGUGAGAUAGCAAAAAUUUGAUAUUUUUUUGUCACCCUUUUCUUCCUUUCUAAUGUGUAUAAGAAUUGAUUUUGCGGGAUCAGAUUUGGUUGUUAUUUGGUUAACAGUUCUAGCCAUUUUUAUUAGAAAUAGAGUUGAAAACAACUAUAAUAGUUUCCAUUGAUAUCAAAAUCUCUGGGUGACUAAAGUCCCAUGUACUUCAUUUAAAACUACUAUAAAAUGCAAUAUGAUGGAUUUGAGAGGAAAGCUGGAUUUGAGAGGAAA